CUUGGUCACAUUGGCAAGUGCCAUUUUUUAAACGUCCAUUUUGGCAAAAGUCCACAAGGAAGUAAAACUAACUUUUUUAUUCCCUAACAAUCAGCAAGAUGCCGGGUGUCACAGUUAAAGACGUAGACCAGCACGUUCUGACAAAAACUUUAGCAACUUUUCUCCAAAAAUCCGGAAAAGUUGUCGUGCCCGAGCAAGCGGACUACAUAAAGACGGCCAAGUUUAAGGAGACGGGGCCCACCGACGGAGACUGGUUUUAUAUUCGUUGCGCCUCAAUUAUGAGGCACCUGUAUUUGCGCAGUCCAUCAGGAGUUUCGGCCCUUACCAAGGUUUACGGAGGACGCAAGCGAAACGGAGCGCGUCCUUCGCAGUUCUGCACCUCCUCGGAUGGCUGCAUUCGCAAGGCUCUUCAAGCCUUGGAAGCUGCUCGCAUGGUGGAGAAGCAUCCGGAUGGGGGUCGCAAGCUGACUCCUUUAGGCCAACGUGACAUGGACCGCAUAGCCAACCGGAUUGUGGCCAAGCAGCGAGAGGUCAACAACCCACAGCCCAUAAUUAUCACUACUUAAUUAGUAAACAAAAUCAUCUGCUAUUUUAACUACACUUAAAACAACAUACUUCAUUUAACAAUUUCGAGAACAUUUUUGAACCAUGCAAAAAUCAGACUUGACUUCACAUGCAUAGUCUUUUUUUGUUUUAACUCUAAACGAGUUAUAUAAUAUAUAUAUAAUACUAUAUACAACGAAACAAAAUCAUAAUUGUUACACUUUUUUUUAACCCUCCAAGCAAACCGUUUUUUCAAAAAUACCCCAUUUAACCACACUUCCAUAAACUCUUACAUUAUCAAAUAAUAAUAUGCUAAUUUGUAUUACACUUUCUAAAACCCUUAAACUUACCAAUAUUUCACUUACUAACCUACACAAAUAAAAAGGUUCAGAUUUAUAA